AUGGCCUUAGAAAAGUUGAUAACACUCAGUAUUUGUGUGAGUGCAGUAGUAGCAUUUGAAUGGGGAGGAUAUGGUGGUGAAUUCCACCACGCUAAACCGUACCAUUUCGGUUAUGUUGCUAAAGGUCCUGGUGGCGAGUCUCAUCAUGGAGAAUCGGGGGUAGGCGGAAAAGCCGUUCGUGGCAGUUACGGUUACACGGAUGCCAAUGGUAUGUACAGAGAAGUUAAAUAUGUUGCAGAUCACGGGGGCUUCAGACCCGAAAUCAAAACUAAUGAACCAGGAACUGUGUCCAAAGAUUCUGCACACGUCAAAAUGCACUCAUCAGCACAUCCUUAUUUCGGAGUUGGAAUGCAUGGUGACAGUUGGCACGGAUACGGGGGUAGUCACCAUGGUGGGGAGCAUCAUGCUCCAUAUGGAUACAGUAAACUGUGGUAGUGAGGAAACCAGGCUUUAGAUAUAUGACGCAGU